GGCGAGGGAAACCUGAGUGGAGAGGCCCCGGAGUCUGCUCCCCUCCUCCCUGUCCCUCCUGGAUGACCUGUGCUCCUCCAGUCGGGGCCCCCCCAGCACCAUGAACAAGAUGAAGAACUUUAAGAGGCGUUUCUCCCUUUCUGUUCCUCGCACCGAGACCAUUGAGGAGAACGAGUUCACAGAGCAGAUAAACCAGCUCAACAUAUGCCACACUCAGGGCCUGACUCCAGACAGGCUGGGUCCUCCAUCUCAUGAUGCCAGUCCUUUGAGUCCUGAACCAACGACACCGGGAGCCCAGUCUCCGUCACACCUCGACUUCCACGACAAGGCCCAGCACAGACGUUUCUCCAUGGAGGACGUCAGUAAACGUAUGUCUCUGCCCAUGGACAUCCGCCUGCCUCCGGAGUUUCUCAAGAAAUUGCAGCUGGAGAGUGAGAACCCACCGCUCUGCAAACCUCUCAGCCGAAUGUCUCGACGUGCUUCCCUGUCCGACAUAGGCUUUGGGAAACUGGAGACAUACGUGAAGCUCGGCAAACUGGGUGAGGGGACGUAUGCCACAGUGUUCAAAGGGCGAAGCAAGCUAACAGAGAACCUGGUGGCGUUAAAGGAGAUCCGGCUGGAGCACGAGGAGGGAGCACCUUGCACCGCCAUCAGAGAGGUGUCCCUACUGAAAAACUUGAAACACGCCAACAUCGUCACGCUGCAUGACAUCAUCCACACUGACCGCUGCCUCACUCUGGUGUUUGAGUAUCUUGACAGUGACCUGAAACAGUACUUGGAUAACUGCGGGAAUCUCAUGAGCAUGCAUAAUGUCAAGAUUUUCAUGUUCCAGCUGCUGCGUGGUCUGGCCUACUGUCACAAGAGGAAAAUCCUCCACAGAGACCUAAAGCCUCAAAACCUGCUCAUCAACGACAAGGGCGAGCUCAAACUGGCCGACUUUGGUCUGGCGCGGGCCAAAUCCGUCCCCACCAAGACCUAUUCCAAUGAGGUGGUAACUCUAUGGUAUCGACCCCCUGACGUGUUGUUGGGCUCGACAGAAUACUCCACACCCAUAGACAUGUGGGGCGUGGGCUGUAUCCUGUUCGAGAUGGCAACGGGUCGUCCUAUGUUUCCUGGUGCCACAGUGAAGGAGGAGCUACACUUAGUGUUUAGGCUUGUGGGCACUCCAACAGAGGACACGUGUCCUGGUAUCAGUAGUAAUGAGGAGUUUAGGUCUUACCUCUUUCCUCAAUACAGACCUCAAGCUCUCAUCAACCAUGUGCCCAGGUUGGACACAGAGGGGAUUGACGUGCUGUCUGCUCUGCUGCAGUAUGACACCAGAAGGAGAAUCUCCUCUGAAGACGCUCUACGACACCCCUACUUCCUGAGUCUCGGGAGUAACAUACACAAUUUGGCAGACACCGCUUCAGUGUUUUCCCUCAAAGAGCUCCAGCUCCAGAAGGACCCAGGCCACCGCAGCUCAGUGUUUCAGCCUCUUGGUCGAGGAAAGAACCGAAGGCAAAGUAUCUUCUAG